AUGGCAGAUUCAAUUACAAGAGAAACGUCUCUGCCGAAGGAGAGAAGCAGCCCGCAAGCUCUAAUCCUCGGGAGAUACGAAAUGGGCAAGCUUCUCGGCCAUGGAACCUUCGCCAAGGUCUACCUCGCGCGAAACGUGAAAUCCGGCGAGAGCGUCGCGAUCAAAGUGAUCGACAAGGAGAAAGUGCUCAAAGGCGGCUUAAUCGCACACAUCAAGCGAGAGAUCUCGAUCCUCCGCCGCGUCCGGCACCCGAACAUCGUCCAGCUCUUCGAGGUCAUGGCGACGAAAGCCAAGAUCUACUUCGUCAUGGAGUACGUCCGCGGAGGCGAGCUGUUCAACAAAGUAGCCAAAGGGCGUCUCAAGGAAGAAGUCGCUCGCAAAUACUUCCAGCAAUUGAUCUCCGCCGUCACUUUCUGCCACGCCCGCGGCGUCUACCACCGAGAUCUCAAACCGGAGAAUCUCCUGUUAGACGAAAACGGUAAUUUAAAAGUCUCGGAUUUCGGACUCAGCGCCGUCUCAGAUCAGAUUCGGCAAGACGGGCUUUUCCACACGUUUUGCGGCACUCCGGCGUACGUCGCGCCGGAGGUUCUGGCGAGGAAAGGCUACGACGCGGCGAAAGUCGACAUCUGGUCUUGUGGAGUGAUCUUGUUCGUGCUGAUGGCUGGUUAUCUCCCGUUUCAUGAUCGGAAUGUUAUGGCCAUGUACAAGAAGAUUUACAGAGGCGAAUUCAGGUGUCCUCGGUGGUUCUCUCCGGAGCUCUCGAAGCUGCUGUGUAAGCUUCUGGAGACGAAUCCGGAGAAGAGGUUCACUUUCCCUGAGAUCAUGGAGAAUUCUUGGUUUAAGAAAGGGUUUAAGCAUAUCAAGUUCUAUGUGGAAGAUGACAAGCUCUGCAAUGUUGUUGAUGACGAUGAAUUGGAGACUGAGUCGGUGGAGUCUGAUCGGUCUUCGGCGGUUUCUGAGUCUGAGGUUGAGUAUUUCGAGCCGAGGAGGAGAGUUGGUGGUUUGCCGAGACCUGCGAGCUUGAACGCUUUCGAUAUCAUAUCGUUCUCGCAAGGGUUUGAUCUGUCUGGUUUGUUUGAAGACGAUGGGGAAGGGUCUAGGUUUGUUUCGGGAGCUCCGGUUUCGAAGAUCAUAUCGAAGUUGGAGGAGAUUGCUAAAGUUGUGAGCUUUACGGUGAGGAAGAAGGAUUGUAGGGUGAGUCUCGAAGGUUCGAGGCAAGGAGUGAAAGGUCCGUUGACGAUUGCGGCGGAGAUAUUCGAGUUGACGCCGUCUUUGGUUGUUGUUGAGGUGAAGAAGAAAGGAGGAGAUAGAACUGAGUAUGAAGAGUUUUGUAACAAUGAGUUGAGACCAAAGUUGCAGAAUUUGACAGCUUAUGAUAAUGAUGAAGUAGUAGCAGAGCCUGUUGUGGCGGUUGCAGCGGUUGAUGAAACUGCGAUUGCGGUCGCGGAUUCUCCACCGGUUUGUUUCUUGCCUUCUGACACUGAAUAG